AGGAGAGCUUCUUUUCCUACCAGACCACCCCACAAAGUGCCCGACAGCUACACUACCUAGCAAGUAUAACCACGACGACAGAAUAGUUGACCUCGGGCCCGACGCUGGCCCAGCUAUUGGCACAGCCAUGAGGAUCACUCAAUUGCAGUGGCCCAUGGCGGCAGCUGCCUCGUCCUGCAUAUCGAGAGCCCCCUCCACGCCUGCGACGGUGACGGCGAUUGCGAUCUGGCAGCUCCGGGAUGCGCUGGGACAGCUCAGGAUAGGGGCGAGCAACGCCGCCGUGGAGGGCCGGAGAUACGCCACCGUCAAGGCUCAGGGCGCGUACAAGAUAAGAGACUCAAGCACGAUCCCGAAGAAGCUGGGAGCCAAGAAAUCCGGUGAUUCCUACGUCAUCCCGGGCAACAUCAUCUACAAGCAGCGCGGCACCAUCUGGUUUCCGGGCGAGAACUGCGGCAUGGGGCGGGACCACACGAUCUUCUCGCUGGUGACGGGGUACGUGAAGUACUACCGGGACCCGGCGAAGCACCCGAAGCGGCAGUACAUCGGGGUAGUGUUCGACAAGGCGGACAAGCUGCCGUACCCGCCGCACGCGAUGCGGAAGCGGCGGCUCAACAUGGUGGCGGUGCCGAUGGCGGCACCGGAGCCGAAGCCGGAGCUGUCGGCGUCGGGGAUCCCGAUCGAGGUGGUGCGGCAGGGGGAGGGGCGGCGGCCGCACCCGCGCGACGAGCGCGUGAUGCGGCUGCGGCGCGACGGCAGCUACGCCUACGCCGAGGAGAACUGGCGGCUCGGCACGCUCGUGCGCACCGAGAAGCGCAAGAUGGGGUCGCGGCGCGUCGCCAUGCGCCACCGCCGCCGCCGCGCCAAGGCCAUCGCCCUCGAGAUGCGCGCCGAGCGCGAGGACUACAUCGCCCGCCGCAAGGAGGCGCUCGACGCCCAGCGCGCCGCCCGCUGGCGCAAGAUCCGCGCCUACAAGGCGCGCCAGGCGAGGCUCAAGGCCGAGGGUAAGGGCGAGGGCGAAGGUGAGGGCGGAGGAGGCGGCGGGGAGCCGAACGCAGGCGGAGAGGAGGGCGCGAAGGAGGGCGCCGCCAAAGGCGCUGAAGCGAAGCGGAGUGCGACCGAAGAGGAUGCAACUAAGAAGAGCGCGGCCGAGGAGGUCAAGGCAGAAGCUCAAACCGAGAAGAAAAGCGCCCCGGCGCCGCCUGCUACCGAGACGGCCGCUCCACCACCACCAGCGGCGGCACCAAAGGAGAGUCCACCACCGCCGGCGAAUCCGCCAGACGCGAAGGAGUAAAAAGGUAAAAGAAAAGAGAAAAUAAAAUACAGAGGCGGAGACUUUCUCACCGGGGCCCGGUCGUGUAACAUUAUCUAGUAUAUAAGCGUCAUUUCGGUGCGAGAGGAGCCAGCCGAGGGCCGGCGCGGCGACAACUGUAUAAAGACAUCAUGACCCAUCUUCAUUCACGACUAGGUAAACCCCGCUAGGACUACGCCGCGGUGCCCGGGCUUGUGCCGCUCGGACAUCGGUGUCUGUCGGUAGACCAUUGAUAGUGCUCAUGGAGGUUCUGUACGCAUUGGUUACGGCAGAGCCUACGUCGACGAGGGCAAGUUCACACGCUGUCGUAGAAUUAGGCACGAGAAACCGUGAGUGGCCCAGCGUAAGGCCCUAGGCACUGACGAGACUGCGCCCUUCUUGGAUCAAGGCUUGGCACCCUGUCCUUACAUCCGUCGAGCCGUGAGUUCAUCGAGUAGAAGCUAUCGUAUCACUAG